AUGUCUGCGACUAGCUUCGACGCUGUCAAGAGGAGGUACAACUUUAAAGACAUCUCGUUCGCCUCGUGGCGGGAUCCGGCUUUAAGUGUUUGUGCCGCUCCUCGAGCAGCGUCGGACGUUUUCCCUGUUGCUACGUACAGGGUCAAGUACGAUCUUCUACCUUCGCCUACUGACGACGAGGAAUUUGGCGAUGACGGAGAGAGGGUGGAAGGAUCCGAGAUAGAAGCGGACGUAACACGAAUCGAAGACGGCGAUGCGCACGACAUCCUCUCAAAGGAGGACGAGAGUCAGACUAUCUCGGACUCCUCGCCGCCUGUAGACGGAUCAUCGGUCGAACUACAAGAUCAGGAAGACGACAAACCUAGACUGGCCUCGAAAGACACUCCUGCCGCCGGACCACAGGCCGAUAUGGCUGCAGAAGAGCAGCUCGCUCCACCGGAAGCCCCCUCUGCAGAAGUCGAAGUGACCGCUAAGCCCGUCGGCGAAGACGAGCAACUCGUUCGCGAGGACUCCGCUGAACCUGAUUCAGUAGACGACGUUACGGAAGAUCGAAAAGUGAGCUUUACGCCGGGCACGCCAGAUCCCAAGCCAACGCCUCGAAAGAAGAAAGGUGCGAAGGGGAAGAAGAAGAAGAUUGUGAUGCCGCCGGAGACUGUCCAGUCCAACGUUGUGGGAGCAGACAGGGAGCCUAUCGAAGGAAAUCCAGCCGUCGAAGCACCUGGUGGUGUGGUCGUAGGAGGGCAGGUGAUGGAAGUAGCGUCCAGCGAGCUACAAACAUCUGUUGAACAUCCAGGAAUCGAAACUGCCACACUACAUCAAGCACCGGUUGAGGAAUUGCCGCCAGAAGAAGCCGGAACGCCGGCGGAGGAGAUUCAUGCAGCCGGGGCCAUGGAUGUCCAGGUAUCUUCUGCCCUCAAUCAAGAACCACCAGUGGAACCUAAAGCAGAAGGAAACGAAGCCGACAACGCUGCGACGCUCGCUGAGGCCAACGAGCAAAAGUCCAAGGACCCUGCGGCGGUGAAUCACGGCGACACGGAUGUCGCAGCCAACGCACCAAUCGAAUGCAGAGUCGAAGGCUGCGAUGAUCCUGUCACUCCCGGAGUCGAAGGCCUACAUGCUUCGAACAAGGGAGGCCUUCACACCGAGUCACCACCUCCAAACGAUACGUCGAACGACAUGCAAAGUCCAGCAGAUAGCGGCGUUGAGAUCGGCGGUACGAGCGAGGACCUCGAGACCGCAAACAAAGCAGACGGAAAGGAAGCAGAUGAAGAUCCGGGCAAAGACGACGCUGCCAACCCGGAAGUUACUGGACCAGUCGAUCGCACGGCGGAGAUUGCCGAAGAAAUCGUGGAUGCUGUCAUUAUCAUGGAGGAGGUGGGAGAUAAUAUGAUCACAGUAGAAGCAGCCGCAGACUCGAGUGGCAAUCUGGAGCCGACUGAAGGCGAAGCCUCCCAGAAGCAGGAGUCCGUUGAGGUCCCAUCUGUCGAUGCCAAAGACGAAAGGACUAUUGAUACGCCAGACGCCAUCCAGAAGGCAGUCUCUUCGCCUGAUGAAGAACCUGUGGCAGAGAAUUUGGAACAAGCAUUUAUCCUAGAGCAAGAAGAAACAGCAGCACAAUCUCAAGACACCCCGCCUUCUCCAAGUCAUAGCAAAAGCAGCUCCAGUAGAUCCCACAAGCACAGAGCCGACCACUGGCAGCGCAAGCGCAAGACCGAGGAUACAAAGGUUCUCGCAAGACGUCACGAUCGCCACCGCAGAACGAAUGGGGUGAGAGUCGAAGAUCGAGCGCUGCCGAGAUUCAAUCGAUCUUCUUCUUCCGAUGAGGAGCGUCCGAAGCGGCGAGAGGAGUCGAAGGUGAAGCAAAAGCGUGAGCUUGUAGUGGAGAAGCGGAAAGCUGAUGGCGUGGAGACACAUCGGACUUCCAAGACCACGGAGAGAGGAGAGAAGGGCGGGACUGCAUCGAGCCGAACUCACGCAAAGCGCAGAGACGACGACAUCAGAACAGACCCCCUUCCGCGCAAGAAGACGCUACCUUCAUUCAACCUCUCCUCCCUUCCCAAAGCUCUGAGCUUAAGCAGCGGUUCCUCCGUCCACGGGUCGACGACGAUGAGACGGCACAGUGCAACGUGGUCUUAUUCAGAGAGGGUGCUCGAGAGGCCCAAAUCGUCGCGCGGGAGAGGAGAAGAAGGAUUCAGGACGAAGUCAGCGAAUGAUGCCCGGCCGGAGUCUCCCAGGUCCAGAUCGCCUCGUCGGUCGAGUGGAGGUGAAAAGUCGCGUCCUGUACGGCGGCAUCGUCAUCACCAUCACCGUCGUGAAUCUGAGUUCGAGGACUAUCGACCCAAUCGCAACGCGCAGGAGGCAGAGCAGCAGCAUCGCCGCCGCCGCUCUGACGUGGAGGCGAACUCGAAUGGUCGGCAGCGGAAGCGCUCGCUCCUCGCUUCUUUGCUGAAUCUUUAG